AUGUCUCUCCCAAAGCCUGCGGAGAUAUGGACCAAGGACUUCCGCCCAGCCAAUGCUCCUGUCCAAAGCCUGCCAGAAGACAGGCCCAUCCGGUUGGUACAAUGGAACAUUGAACGAGGGUACGAGCUCCACAAGAUCAUAGAGGAGCUGAAGCAGCUGGAUGCAGAUGCGAUAGCACUGCAGGAGAUUGAUAUUGGCUGUGAGCGCAGCGGCAGAGUAGAUACAGGUGUUGCCAUUGCAGAGGCACUGCAAUUGAAUUAUGUCUUCCUCUGCGAGUUUGAGGAAUUACACUCUGAGCUCCGUGAUGCAAGAUCUCAGGGAGGAGGUGUGCAUGGAAAUGGCAUUCUCAGCAAAUUCAACCUGACAGACUGCAGGGCCAUUGAACACAGAUCCCUCGCCUCGAACAUCGCUGCAGCUGCCGAGCAGUUAUUCUCCGUGGCACUGCUCACCCGCCGCAACCCCAACCCACUGCUGCCAGCCUCUCCCGUCGACCGACCUGCUUGCUGCUCCUCUCUGCUUCCACUGUCUGCCUCAUUCGUCUCUGUUGCAGACAGACUCCCUCGAGUUUCGUCUGGAAGCUGCGCAAUUCCACCGCCGCUGUCAGACCUCUGCUGGGCCAAUGGGGGCCCUUGA